AUCCCGGACGAGGGAGGAGGGCGGGCGAGCGCGAGUGUGUGUGUUUCUCUCGAGUCAUUUACGGCGGAGCAGCCAGCGCGAUCGCCGAGGAGGCGGCGGCGGCAGCGGCUGCUUCGUGCAACUGUGGCUCCCCCCACCUCCUCUUCCUUUUUGCUCCUUGAUUCUUCUUCUCCCCUCACACUGGUCCAUGGGGAGCCGGCCCCCCUGCUGGCACCUCCUCUCCACUCGGCUCCGUAGGAACCAGCUGCCGCCUCCCUGGCCGCGGGCUGCGCGGGCGCCCGGUGCCCCGGCCCCUGGCGUGGCGCCCGGGUCUCGCUGCCCGCAGCCCAGGCAGGCGCGGCGCUCCGCUCACCCAAACUGACUCCGAGAGAGAGAGCGAGCGAGCAGAUGCCCGGCUGCACCGAGACAUCGGGCAUCCGGGGGCAGGGCGGGGGCGGCGGGGAGGAGGAGACAUCGGAGACUCUGAACCCCGGAAAAGUUCAAGGUUUGUUCAGGUUCCCCCGGGGAAGGCGAGGAGCGAGGCGGAGCAGCGUGGCCCUCUGCUGAGACAGCGAGACCUGGGAGGAGAGGGGGGCGACCCGGGGCUGCCGCGGGCUGGCCGAGCCCCUCUCCAUCCUACGACGCUCACGGCCAGGAGGCUGGAGUCGGCCCACGGGGCAGGAAGGGCUGGGGUCAGGCGCAGUAGCCGGGUUUCCCGCUCACUCGCUUCUCCACACCCCAUCUCCAUGGGGCAGCCCGUUCCGGCCGCGCCACCCUCGCGCCAGCCGCGGUGCCGCUGCCCAGGCAGGCGGCGCUGAGCCUGCCUUCGUGGAGCCCGGGCCCUGAUCGAGACUGGAGAUAGCGCGCUGGAGCCAAGCAGGGAGCUCGGCGAGGGGACAAGCCGCGGGCUGCCCAUCUCGGGCACUCGGUCCGGGCGUUGCCUUGGGUCGUGGCGACCCGCGUCGCCGGUCUCAUUACUGCACGGAAACUUUUCCUUCUCCAGAUGGAUUAAAGUUGCCUGGAUUUUCUCUUUCUCUGCGAAAGAAAUCAUUCAUUUGCACCUAACCUGGGAUUUUUAUGCUGGAGCUGCUGCUGCAGGGCGCUCAGAGGAAGGAAGCCGCGCUAUCCAUGUGGGGUUACUACCGAAACCGAAGAAACUGGGGUUUGCAUCGGAAAUCUGCACCCUCGAACGAGUUCGGAUUCGAGCCGGACCGCGGGGCUGUGGAAACCAACACUUGGCCCUAGGCAACCCGCGAGACGCCAGUGGCCACCCGGCCCCAGGGCCGCACGUGCGGCUCCCCCCUAGCCGCACAGAUCCUGCAGGGGGCACCAGCCGGGAGGUGGAGCUCCUCCCGCCUGGUGCUGCGACCCCACCAGUUCCGAGGGUGUAGCCGGCGGCGCCCGGGACGCCCCCUCCCCUCAAAGUGUCCCCGAAUUGCACUCCCUGGCCCCCAGAACCUCAGCAGAGACAGCCGGGCGCCACGGCCACCCUAAGUUGGAUGUGACCAAGCCCAGCCUGGGCCCAAGUCGUCGUCGACCGUUGCCCCCUCGGCCCCCUCCCGCUCCCUCCUCGGCCAUGGCCCCAGGGAUGCCGGGCCGCGGCGGCGCCGCCCUGCUCUGCCUCUCGGCGCUGCUUGCCCAUGCCUCUGGCCGCGCCCAUCCGGCCAGUCCCAGUCCUCCGGGGCCGCAGGCCAGCCCGGUGCUGCCGAUCAGCUACCGCCUGUCACACACGCGGCUGGCCUUCUUCCUGCGGGAGGCGCGGCGCACGCCCCCCACGGUCACCAACGGCUCCCUGCAGCGCUCCGAGCCCUUCGUGGUGUUCCAGACCAAGGAGCUGCCCGUCCUCAAUGUCUCCCUGGGACCCUUCAGCACCAGCCAGGUGGUGGCCCGGGAGCUCCUGCAGCCGUCCAGCACCUUGGACAUCCCCGAGCGCCUGACGGUCAGCUGGAAGGUGCGGGCCUUCAUCGUCCGCCCCCGCGUGCCUGCCUCGCAGCCCGUGGCCCAGGUGCUGUUCUACGUGGCCGGCCGGGACUGGGAUGACUUCGGCGUCACCGAGCGGCUGCCCUGCGUCCGCCUGCACGCCUUCCGGGAUGCCCGGGAGGUCAAGAGCUCCUGCCGCCUCAGCGGGGGUCUGGCCACCUGUCUCGUGCGAGCCGAGCUGCCCCUGGCUUGGUUCGGUCCCCCGGCCCCGGCCGCACCACCCACUGACCGCCGCAAGUCUCCAGAUGGGCUGGAGCCCGAGGCGACAGGGGAGAGUCAGCAAGCCGAGCUGUACUACACUCUCCACGCCCCGGAUGCAUCGGGAGGCUGUGGAGGAACACGGCGGGGUGCCGGGCCCGGGGGCGGGGCCCGGGCCGAGAGCCCCACCCAGCACCCCCUGCUGCGCAUCGGGAGCAUCAGCCUGUUCCGCGCGCCCCCCAGAAGGACCCUGCAGGAGCACAGGCUGGACGGCAACCUGGUGAUCCGCCUGCCUGACCGGCCCCUCAAGCCCGGGGAAGUGCUCAGCAUCCUGCUCUACCUGGCCCCCAACUCCUCCUCUCCCUCCAGCCCCAGCGUGGAGCACUUCACUCUCAGGGUGAAGGCCAAGAAGGGCGUGACCCUUCUAGGAACCAAGUCACGGAGUGGCCAGUGGCACGUGACCUCGGAGCUGCUGACUGGGGCAAAGCAUUCAACAGCCACCGUGGAUGUGUCCUGGGCCCAGGGCACACCGCUGCCCCUCUGGGAGGAGCAGGGGCCCCUGGAGAUCCUGCAGCUGGACUUCGAGAUGGAGAACUUCACCAGCCAGUCAGUCAAGCGGAGGAUCAUGUGGCACAUUGACUACCGCGGCCACGGUGCCCUGCCUGACCUGGAGCGGGCUGUCACUGAGCUGACGGUCAUCCAGCGGGAUGUGCAGGCCAUCCUGCCCCUGGCCAUGGACACAGAGAUCAUCAACACAGCCAUCCUGACUGGCCGGACGGUGGCCAUCCCUGUCAAGGUCAUUGCCAUCGAGGUGACCGGCCUUGUCCUAGAUGUCUCUGCCCUGGUGGAAUGCGAAUCUGACAAUGAGGACAUCAUCAAGGUAUCCAGCAGCUGUGACUACGUGUUUGUUAGCGGAAAGGAGUCUCGCGGUUCCAUGAACGCCAGGGUCACCUUCCGCUACGACGUCCUCAAUGCCCCCCUGGAAAUGACAGUCUGGGUGCCCAAGCUGCCCCUGCACAUUGAGCUCUCGGAUGCCCGCCUCAGCCAAGUGAAGGGCUGGAGGGUACCUAUCCUUCCCGACCGGAGAUCAGCCCGGGAGAGCGAGGACGAGGACGAGGAGGAGGAGGAGCGCCGGCAGAGCCCGAGCCGCGGCUGCACCCUGCAGUACCAGCACGCCACCCUGCAGGUUUUCACCCAGUUCCACACGACGUCGUCGGAGGGCACCGACCAGGUGGUCACCAUGCUGGGCCCAGACUGGCUGGUGGAGGUCACCGACCUGGUCAGCGACUUCAUGCGGGUGGGUGACCCCCGAGUGGCACGCAUGGUAGACGGCAGCACGCUGGCGGGGCUGGAGCCAGGCACCACGCCCUUCAAGGUGGUUUCCCCCCUGACGGAGUCCGUGCUUGGGGAGACACUGCUGACAGUGACGGAGGAGAAGGUCAGCAUCACACAGCUGCAGGCCCAGGUGGUGGCCAGCCUCACCCUGUCCCUGCGGCCCAGCCCCGGGAGCAGCCACACCAUCGUGGCCACCACGGCCGCCCAGCAGACCCUCAGCUCCCUCAAGCAGGAAGCCCUCCUGAGCCUCUGGCUCUCCUACAGCGACGGUACCACAGCCCCACUCUCCCUCUACAGCCCCCGGGACUACGGGCUGCUGGUGAGCAGUCUGGACGAGCGCGUGGCCACAGUGACCCAGGACCGGGCCUUCCCACUGGUGGUGGCUGAGGCCGAGGGGGCUGGGGAGCUGCUCCGGGCGGAGCUCACCAUCGCCGAGAGCUGCCAGAAAACCAAGCGCAAGAGUGUGCUGGCCACGACCCCUGUAGGCCUGCGGGUGCACUUUGGGCGGGAAGAGGGGGACCCCACCUACGACUACCCUGGCCCCAGCCAGCCAGGGCCCGGCGGGGGCGAGGACGAGGCCCAGGGAGCUGGCCCGCCGGGCACUGCCAGAUCCCCGCCCGAGGCCGUGGGCCCGGGCACCGCCAGCCCGGCGGUGCCACCCACAGAAGAUUUCCUGCCACUGCCCACCGGCUUCCUGCAGAUGCCGAGGGGGCUGACGGACCUGGAGAUCGGCAUGUACGCGCUGCUGGGCGUCUUCUGCCUCGCCAUCCUGGUCUUCCUCAUCAACUGCAUCGUCUUCGUGCUGCGCUACCGGCACAAGCGCAUCCCGCCCGAGGGCCAGACCAGCAUGGACCACUCUCACCACUGGGUGUUCCUGGGCAAUGGGCAGCCGCUGCGGGGGCAGGGGGAGCUGUCGCCACCCGCCAGCAACCCGAUGGAGACCGUGCCCGCCUGCUGCCACGGCGACCACCACAGCAGCGGCAGCUCGCAGACCAGCGUCCAGAGCCAGGUGCACGGGCGGGGCGACGGCUCCUCGGGCGGCUCGGCCCGGGACCAGACCGAAGACCCCGCCAGCUCACCCACCUCCAAGCGCAAGCGGGUCAAGUUUACCACCUUCACGACGCUGCCCUCGGAGGAGCUGGCCUAUGACUCGGUGCCCGCCGGCGAAGAGGACGAGGAGGACGAAGAGGACCUGGGAUGGGGCUGCCCAGAUGUGGCGGGCGCCGCGCGGCCCACUCCGCCCCCUGACCUGCACAAUUACAUGCGCAGGAUCAAAGAGAUUGCGUAGGGGCGCCGUCCCCUGCCCGCCACAGCGUGGGCGCUGCGUGGGACCCAGCCGGGACCCAGUUCACACUUGACAUGGGCCGGCUGAAGUGGAUCUUAUACUUCGGCCCCUGCAGCUUUGCUCCUCCCUGACGGCCACCUCCUUGCCUCACACCUUACCCUCCUCCGCCCCCAGAGGUGGAGGUGCCUUCCUGUUGGAGCUUGCUAAGAGGAGAGCAAUCCCAGCCUUCCUGCUACCCUUUCCAACCCUCCUCCCGUCUUAGACAACCCCCCUGCCCCAAGACGGGGGCAAGGAGGCCAAGCUUGGGCCGAGGGGCCACACAAUGCCCUGCCCCAUCCCCCCACGUCCCCUGCUUCCCCCUGUGUGGGGGGCUCUGGGGGGUCUUGUGUCACAAGCUGCACAAAGACUUCUCAAACCACUAUUCAGGGAUUUCUGUCCUGCAGGGUGGGGAGGCGGCAGCUGCCUGCCCUGCCAAGGAUCUUGCUGUGGACAAAACAUCUGGGGGGCAGGGGAUAUUUGUAGCAUCUGCUGGCUUCUGGGUGCCCCCCAGUUCCUUCCCAGGACCUGGGAGCUGACUCUCCAGAGGGGUCUGGGGCCAAGCCAGGCGCCUCUCUGAGAUCUCAGGACUCCAUCCUGUGCCCCCAAGGGCUGUGGGCAGGCCCUCAAGGGGGAGGAGUCCUUGGUCCACCCCAGAGCACUGUGGUCUGGGUGCCCGGGAGCCCUGGGUGCCUCCCGCCCACCCCUCAGCAAGAUCAACACUACGCCUUAGCCGCCCCUCCCGCUCCGCCGAGCACGCCUUCCUCUCUGCAGGGGCAGACACCCACCCCCCUGCCAGGCGGAAUCCGGUGGGCGGGGGAGAGGGCACCAGGCAGUGCUGGGAAGGAGCCUGGGAGGAGCAAGGCAGAAGGGAGCCGCGGCUCCCCUACCCCAUCCCCCAGCCACCCCUCUCUCGGGUUCUACCCACCACUGUGUUGGAUUUUUCUUAAGUAAAUGGAGGCAACCAGACUGGGCAUGGGGGCAUCAGCUCCCGGAGAA